UUCACUAAAUAUUCAUCAUCCUCAAUUUAUCUUCUUCAUAAAAUACACAUACACUUUCCCUUACUUUUUUUGUACCCAUCUGUGCCUAUCAUAUAAAUUAAUUAUACUAAUGCAUUUAUGCCAAAAAAAUUUUUUGAGGAAAAAACAGACAGACAUUCUCACAACACAUUUUACUUGUAUUUUUCUAUUUUUUUAAAACAAUUUUCUAAUUUUAUAUGUUGGACACUUAUCGGUGACGGACAGGGAAGGGGGGAUAUAUGUAAAAUUGAAUUAAGGACUCCUUUUCCUUUUUUAAUGAAUUUUCUUUGUAAAAAUUUUGAUAAUUCUAAAAAUUAAAUCAAUUAUGCCUCUUAAAUAUUGACAUUUUAAAAUUCGAUCCAAAUCGAAAUUCGAAACCAAAAUCGAAAUUGACCGAAAUUAAAUAUUUCCAUUACUGACCAUUUUGUAACUUUUCUGAGGUUUAAAUGUUCGAAACUUGUAAAAUGUCAUUUUCGACAACAAAAGAGAACGAGAGUAAAUAAAAAAGAAAAUAAAUUAGUAGCUUCGAAAAAAAAUCUCUUUUUUUCCUCCCCUUCCGUUUGGCAGCAUCCACAAAAACGUUAAAUAAAUAAUAGCUACAUAGGAGAAAGGGAGAGAGAGGAGAAAGAAAAGCGGUUUUGGCAUUCGUUUUUCUUUUAAAUAUUUUUUUGUCUAAAUAGGGGUAAAAGAGGGGAGAAGGGUUGCCAGCUGCAUUUUUUUUUGAAUUUCUAAAAUUACUUGGAUUUUUCUCAAAUACGUACAGUCGAAGCUCAUUAUA